AUGCUGAAUGAAAGUUUGGUGGAUACUGAGAUUGCUGAGCAAAUACUGCUGCUCGUGGGUCCGUGCCAGUUGUGGGGCAGGCCUGAUGUGUGGCGAGGGCCAGAGAGAAUUGAAACCGAUGUCAUAUGGCCAUCACUGCAGUGCACUGCAGUGAUGGUACUGCACUGCAGUGCAUUGUCAAGGAAAUGUCGUCAUGCCAGACCGACCCAACCACAAGACUGGAUAAAGAUCUGGAUGAGUGUAACUGUGGCUGUUGGGACAGCACCUUGUAAACACACAUAUUCUGCGAUCUCUGAACAGGGUUUGGGAGAAGCUUGUUCCGUUUCCAUAUCCAAGUUUGUGGAUCAUCUGUGCACAAAUUUGCCUUACCCAGUUGUUAGUUGUCCGCACGCAACAAUCCUUCUGUGA